UAUAAAUACGGCUGCGCGCAACGCACAGUUAGACAUUUUCCCAAAAUCAAACGACAGGCACAACAGAGCAAAAAACGUGGGAAUCCGGCGUUUUCAUCUGAUUAUUCUCUCUGCCUUGCUCUGCAUCUCAUAUCUCAUAUUGAGUAUCCAGAUCAUGUUAGCCAUAGGUGGAUUGUAUCUGAAGCACGUCGUGGUGGCAGCGGUGUGCUCCGUGCUCGUUACAGUGACGCUGGGGUCCCCGGUGGUGGGGCCAGAGCCGAUUCGAUGUGCCCCGUGUACUCCGGAGAGGCUGAGCCAGUGUCCAGCGGUGGCGCCCGGGUGCGCUGAGGUGCUGCGGGAGCCCGGUUGUGGAUGCUGCUUCGCCUGCGCCCUGAAGUCAGGGGAUCUGUGCGGGAUCUACACGGCGCCAUGCGGCUCCGGACUGAGGUGCACGCCGAAACCCAACGACCCCCGGCCGCUGCAUUCCCUCACCCGUGGACAAGCCGUGUGCACUGAGUCCGGGCCAGAGAACACUCCCGAGCCCCAGACACAAGAUGAGGAAGAGCCAGAUGCAGAGAUGGAGAACGCAGCCAUCAUCUCGGACCCCGGCUCCAGCCACUACCUCCCCGGUCUCAGUAAGCCCUACGACCCUGCCCUGGUUGCUGCCGACGCUCAGGAGAGCAUGAAAGCCAAAGUCAUCGCCAUCCGCAAGAAACUGGUUGACCAGGCUCCCUGUCACUUUGAACUACAGACAGCUUUGGACAAGAUUGCCAAAUCCCAACAAAAAUUAGGAGAGAAGUUAACCAGAUUCUACCUCCCCAACUGUGACAAACACGGAUAUUACAAACCCAAGCAGUGUGAGUCCUCUCUGGACGGACAGGGGGGUCGAUGCUGGUGUGUGAACUCUUGGAACGGCAAGAUUUCAGAUCCCACCGACCUGCCUGCAGAUGCUGAGUGCCCUUAAAGAGAUCAACAACUGGACCAGAUCUCACCAAAAAAAAGAAAGAAAAAAAAAGAAGCAAGCCACUGAUUAUUAAUUUUUGAUUGCUGUUUAUUUAUUGAUCUUGUCCAUGGUGGUGUUGAAUUCAGGUACACUGUCAUUACAGGGGGUGGGUCCCAACCACCCGGGACCCCCACCCCCAACUCCCCUUCAAACGCCCGUCCCAAAGAGAGAGAAAAAAAAAUCUAUUUUUGUUUUCUGAAAAGGAGAUUUUAAUAUUGAUGCAUUUACUUUUCUUCAGCCUUAUUUAUUUCAAAUGUAUUGCAUUUUAUUUGUUUUUUUGUAAUUAUUCAUGAGUAUUUA